UCCUAAAAAGAUGAAACGCAUUUUUUAUUUAACGCUUUUAUUAAGAUUUCUUAGGUGGAUGGUUCGUUGAGAACUUGAGUGAGAUUCACAAGUAUAAAUAGCUCACCUACAUCAAAGCUGUACACCUACCUUCUUCCAUUCAUCCGACCAACCAACCAACCAACCUCCACACUGCCGAAACUCUUCUCACAGCCAAAUUGAAGGUACAAAUCCAAAUUUUCUCACAUUGGAAUUAUCUCAUUCGAACAGUUUUACAUCGACUUUUUAUCUGAGUAGAUCAGAUUUCAUGUUUAAUGUUGAAAUCUGGAGUGAUCUAGGAAUUUAUACUGGUGAGGGGAAAUGGCUCGCAAGAAGAUCAGAGAGUAUGAUUCUAAGAGAUUGUUGAAGGAGCAUUUUAAGAGGCUUGGUGGUAAUGAUUUGGCAAUCAAAUCUGCCCAAGUUAUAGAAUCAACUGAUUUCAAUGAGCUGGUUGAGAAAGAGUCUUGGCUCUCCUCAACAAAGCUAGUUGUAAAGCCCGAUAUGCUUUUUGGGAAACGCGGGAAAAGCGGUUUGGUUGCCUUGAACCUAGAUCUGGCUGAAGUCGCCAUUUUCGUCAAGGAAAGGCUUGGCAAGGAGGUUGAGAUGGGAGGAUGUAAAGGUCCCAUAACAACUUUCAUUGUUGAGCCAUUUGUCCCACAUGCAGAGGAGUUUUACCUUAACAUCGUCUCCGAUAGGCUAGGAUGCAGCAUAAGCUUUUCAGAGUGCGGAGGAAUGGAAAUAGAGGAGAAUUGGGACAAGGUCAAGACCAUAUUUGUGCCAACGGGGGUUUUGUUUACUUCAGACUUGUGUGCUCCACUUGUUGCAACCCUUCCACUUGAGAUAAAGAGUGUGAUUGAGGACUUCAUCAAAGUGGUAUAUGCACUAUUUUUAGAUUUGGAUUUCACUUUCCUUGAGAUGAACCCAUUCACGUUGGUUGAAGCAAAGCCUUAUCCACUAGACAUGAGGGGGGAGCUCGAUGAUACUGCUGCCUUUAAGAACUUCAAGAAGUGGGGGAAUAUUGAGUUCCCUAUGCCUUUUGGAAGAGUUAUGGGUGCUAACGAAAGAUUUAUCCACGGGUUGGAUGAGAAGACAAGUGCAUCAUUGAAGUUCACGGUUUUGAACCCAAAGGGACGAAUUUGGACAAUGGUGGCUGGCGGAGGUGCCAGCGUCAUCUACGCUGAUACGGUUGGAGACCUUGGAUAUGCUACUGAGCUUGGGAACUAUGCUGAAUACAGUGGAGCUCCUAAUGAAGAGGAGGUCUUGCAGUAUGCCAGAGUUGUAAUUGAUUGUGCAACAGCAGACCCUGAUGGUCGUAAACGGGCCCUUGUGGUGGGUGGUGGUAUAGCAAACUUCACAGAUGUUGCUGCUACAUUUAAUGGCAUAAUUCGAGCUUUGAAGGAGAAGGAAACAAAACUCAAGGCUGCAAGAGUCAGUAUCUUUGUACGUAGAGGUGGUCCAAACUACCAACGGGGUCUCGCUAAGAUGAGAGCCCUUGGAGAGGAAAUUGGCAUCCCCAUCGAGGUCUAUGGCCCGGAGGCCACCAUGACUGGCAUUUGCAAACAGGCAAUUGAGUGCAUCACUGCAGCUGCUUAAAUCAGAGCCAUUUGUGAGCUCUGAUCAUGAGCAAAGAUUUCUUGUUUUCGUUUUAGUGAUUUAUGCGUAUGGAAUGUCUGCAAGAACAGUUUUAUUCUGCUUGUUUGCCGUAUCAUUCAUGUUAUUCACAAAAUCACAUCUUGCCAUAAAUGAACCGAUUGAAUCACACCCAAGCGCUACUACUUUGUUGUUGUGGGUUGUGGUUGUUGUUUCUAUGCUGAUAUGGCAUACACCAAUACACGGCAAUCUAAAAAAUAUACUAUCAAAAUUAUCUGUAAAAAUCUUCUUGAUUUCUACUCUAUUAUUGGAAUCUCACACAAGUGUUACUUUAUUACUUUUUAUUUAAAAUAUAAUGUCUCCUGUAACCACUU